UAAAGUGAACCAUAAACAGCCUGAUGAAUAAAACCCAUCAGUGUACCACGUCUCACGAUCGCCGCAUUUCCUGGUUAGUAGGGCCAGUAAAUGAACGGAAUCAGACUGAACACACGUUCAUGUAAUAAGUGGCUAUUUGACAGUGCAUUUUUCCGUUUCCUCUCGGAGGUCUGGUAACCCAGACCAAAGGCUCAGCUGCUGCUGCUGGUUAGCCAGAUGAUCCCGGUAAACAGCUCCUGACAGGCUACUGUAGGUGUCUGCCACUGCCAUGCCAAAGCCUGGAUGACCCAAGGGACUCAUUGUUAACAGAAUCCAGAUCUCCUGCUCCUUAUGGCUGUAUAUGAUGAGAACAUCCUGAAGAAUCCUUUCUACUUGGCAUUAGAGAAGCAGAGACCGGACCUCUGUAGCCGAGUGGCUGAGCUCCACGGCAUUGUUCUGGUGCCUUGUUGUGGAAGUUUGACCGUCAGCAGCUAUUCAGACUCUCACUUUGACAGCUAUGUCCUGCAAGCUGUGGACAAUGGAUACCAAAGUGCGGAUGGCAAGGAGGUCAGGAUCCAGGACAGGCAGGUCCAGCUGGGAUUUGGUUCCUCAAGUCCUGUGUCUGUCCCCAUCCUGUUUGAGGAAACUUUCUACAAUGACCAGGAGCAGAGCUACAGCAUCCUGUGCAUCUCCAGGCCCAUGGAGGUGGAUCCGAGCCCGGCCGAGGUCAGCUCGCCUCCCCCCUACUGCCUGAAAAGCCUGGAGGAUGUCAGGGAGUUCCUGGGCCGCCACGCACAGAAACUGGACAAGUUCAUCCAGAGCUUCUGUCAGGCCUUCAAAGAGCAAGAGAGGAAGGGACUCCGACACCACAUAGAUUCGGUCAACAGUCUUUACACUAAAUGUCUUCAGUGUUUGCUCAGAGACUCUCGCUUGAAACUUCUGGCUAAGCAGGAGCUUCAGAUGACUCUUCUCAAACAGGCGGUGGAGAUGUAUGUUCAUCAUGGCAUCCAUGAUUUAAUCUUUAACUUUGUGGGAACGCUUGAAGCUAGCCAGGAUGCUGCCUUCAACAAAACUACCAGGAGUCUGCAGGAGCUGCAGCAGAAGGACCUGGGAGUCAAACCUAAGUUCUGCAUAAACUUGUCACGGGCAAAGCGAGACCUGAGUCAGCUCAACCAGCAGACGUCGCCCCUCCUCAAACUGCUGUGCCUGCGCAGAGUCGCCCUGACUGCCACCCAGACCCCCAGACGCACUGUCAGUAUAGAAGCUGUGAGUGCAGAUGACCUCCUCUCUGUUGUCCUCUAUCUGCUGGUGAAGACGGAAAUCCCCAACUGGAUGGCCAACCUGAGCUACAUCAGGAACUUCUGCUUCAGCCACUCCAGCAAAGAUGAACUCAGCUACUGUCUGAGCACCUUCGAGGCUGCAGUGGAAUACAUCAACCUGGGAAAGCUUCAGGACACACACUCUGGCUCAGGUGAGCUCAACGACAAGGCUCUGUUCAAGGAGAGGAUGAGUCUGCUGUCUCAGAGCGCUGCCACGCCCAUCCACUGUCUGUUUGAGCACAUAGCAAAUGGAAAUGAAACAGAAGUGGAACGUCUGCUGAGUGAAGGAGAGGGUGACGAGGAUGUCAGGAUGUGCCAUCCUCUCUGCUCCUGUGAUCUCUGUGACCUCCAGCUGUCAGGGCGAUUGAAUGAUCCGUCCAUCAUCACGCCGUUCUCCAGAGAUGAUCGAGGUUACACACCUUUGCACGUCGCUGCUAUCUGUGGUCAAGCCCAGCUGAUUGACAUAUUGGUACAUAAAGGAGCUCCAGUCAAUGCCACGGACUACCAUGCCCUAACACCACUGCACCUGGCCUGUCAGCGUGGAUACCAGGGAGUCACGCUGCUGCUGCUGCACUACAAGGCAAACGCAGACGCUCAGGACAACAACAGCAAUACUCCUCUGCACCUCGCCUGCAUGUACGGACACGAGGAUUGUGUGAAGGCCUUGGUGUACUACGAUGUCCAAACAUGUCAUCUGGACCUUCAGAAUGAUAAAGGUGACACAGCGCUGCACAUGGGGGCCCGCUGGGGUUAUGAGGGAAUCAUCCAGGUGCUGCUGGAGAACGGAGCCAGCACCCACAUCCUGAACAAGAGCAAAGAGUCACCGCUGCAGUGUGCACUCAACUCCAAGAUCAUCAUGUUGUUGCACUCAACCCAGAACGGACGUCAGCACAGCGGCAGUGGAGUUGAUUCUCCCAGUCGAUCCCCUUUGGCCUCAGACUGCAGCAGCCGUCGGUCCUCGGUGUCCAGCACAUCCUCUCUGGGCUCAGAGGCCAAACCAGAAGGAGAUCGAGUUCGACACAGAGAGGUGGAGAAGCUGCUGCGUGCCGUGGCAGAUGAUGAUGUGGAGAUGGUGCGUUACCUGCUGGAGUGGAUGGAUGAAGAUGAGGAGGAUGAAGGAGACAUUCGUUCUGAAGCUCUACUCUGCCACCCACUGUGUCAGUGUCCGGACUGCGCUCCCACUCAGAAGCUGUCCGUGUCGCAGGCCGGAGUUCUUGGCGUCAACAGCUGCAACGUUGACGGCUUCACACCGCUUCACGUUGCAGCUCUGCACGGCCACGCAGCGCUGGCUGCUCUGCUGAUCCGCCACGGGGCUAGCGUCAAUGCACGUACCAACCAGAGCGCCACGCCGCUUCACCUGGCCAGCCAGAACAGCCAUAUCCAGGUGGUGAGAUUUCUGCUGGAGUGCAAUGCCAAACUGAAUAAGAAGGAUCAGUAUGGCAACACACCUCUGAUCCAUGCCUGUCUCCGUGGAAACCUAGAAACUGCCACCACUCUGUUACAGAGUAAUGCGCAGGUGAACAUUGCCAACCUUCAGGGGAACACUGCUCUCCAUGAGGCGGUGCGGGGGGGACACCAGCCACUGGUGGAACUGCUGCUGAGGGGUGGAGCCUCAUCCGGCCUCAGGAACAAGAGGCAGAGAACACCACUAGACUGCGCCUAUGAACUGGGUGGCAAGAACCAUGAAAUCCUAAGAGCUUUGCAGAAAGCAUCUGGACUUUCCCCUGAUGCUGAACCAAUGAAACUCCUCUCUGUUCCCAAAGGAGCCCUGGCUCACUCAUUCGUACAGCGCCUGAGGCUCCAGGAUCACUCCAACGGCAGGAAACAGAAGCUGGCCGAGUCCAUGAGCAGGAUCCAGCAGAUGAAGAGAGGUUCCUCUGGUCCUUCCUCCAGGUGUUCACCAACCCCAAACCAGAUGAAUCCAGACAGGAGGAGGUUGAGGCGGGGGGAGACUGUGGAGGUCAGCAGCCCCUCAGGAAGCCUCGAUGCUGGGCCCCGUCAGAAGGAGCGGCCCCUGGUUCGCUGUCACACCGUGGACUCUGGAGUGCACACGCCAGAGACACCUGAGUCUCCACAUGUUCCAAACACGACUGAAUACAGUUUAGAAGGUCAUGAUCAUGCAAAUCACAUACACACUCCCAAUACUAGUGAAGGCGUUCUGACAGCAGGUGUCCAGACAUCCAGAGAUGCAGACUAUACUGAAGCCGACACUAGUGAACAGUUUUCCACUGAUGUCUCUAACUGCAGCACAGGUAGUGAGACUUCACCCCACCUGCCCUCUGAUGCGUUGUCACAAGCCAACAGCUCAACUGACUUGUCUUCUACACACAUCCCGACUAUUCGCUGUGCUCCACAUCACCCUGAUGAGCUGUCUCACACCCACCAGCCUGCAAACAGAGAAUCAGAGGAGUCCCUUGAUGGCCAUGCUCAGUCUCUCUCUGCAGCUGAGGCCUUGCAGUCAGAAAGUGAGGAUGAAGACUCCAACACCAAUGAGCUGCACUCCAUCAUCCAGACUGAUGGAGGCGAUUGGAGAAAUGGCAACCAAACAGCCAAGACAAGUGCACAGUCAAAUCAGGGAAGCUACGACUGAAAAGAAGAUGUUGUGGGGCAACUAUUAGAAGAGAAGUGAAUAAGAUAAAUCAUUUUCUGGUAAAUGAGCUGCUCACUGUAAGACAUUAGAAAAACUAAAUGUUUGCCAAAAAGAAAGCACAUAAUUUGAGAUUAGAUGUGACUCUCAUCAUCUGAAUUGAUUCAUACUGGGUCUGUGUCCUCUAACAGAAACCAAAAUCUAAUUACUGGGGUUAAUUCUCCCAACUUACAAAACAAGAUAUUUUCUUACUUAUCACUGCAGAGCUUCUGGUUUUAUUUGUCCAGGUUUUGACCUAACUGACUUCUGGGUGUCUGCUUCUUUAUUGGUUGUGAAGGUAAUGGUACCUUGUCUAUUUAAAAUCAGUCCUAUUCACUCCAGGGACUGGAGUAGUAUUGUUGUAUUGGGCUUGUUGUUUUACAUACCAGUAAACUCAGCAUGUCCAAUUUGUGAGUUUGAGUGCCAGGCACAAAAAUACUGCAGAGAGGUUUGUAUUACUGUGGAGAGAUUAUUCAAACUCAGAGCGACACUUACUUCAUCCUCCAUUUCCACAGCAGUAAUAUAAACAGUGGAACUACAGUGUUUUUUAUUCCAAAUACAAAAGUCUGCUUUCACCUGUAAAUGGCCUUCCUUGCAACUCUGCUUUUCCAGCUGACGUAAAGGAGCAGCUGCAGUUUUUUAUUUGCUGAUGAUCCACAAACCUCACCCACAAGACAUUUUCACAGUUACUGUUUCCUUGGUAGGAAGUAGUUUCAAAAGACAUUGUUCACCGUGGGAACCAGAUUAUCCAACCAAGGAGACAACACUCCUACUGAAAAGAUCUGUUGUAGACGUGUUCUAAAUAAUCACAUCCACUGUACUGAAGUAGAGGCAGAAAUGAUCUCAAAACCUUCACAAAUGAUAUCUAAGCUAUCAGCAUUACUAAGUGAUCAAAUACUUUUGUAAUUUAAACAAGACGUACUCUUUAAAGUCGCAAUGAAAUUCCUGGUGAUCCUAAAUAAACCGUAAAAUGAAAAGCUCGAAAAUAUCGUCAGAUUUGGGUGAGCAACCGAUGAGUUUGAAGCACAUUCUUCUUCUAGCCUUCACAACCGAAAAAAGGGAUGCAACGUGACUUUUUCAUUUCACGCUGUACAGAUGUCCUUGCUUCAGUUUUGUUUUAAGCCACUAGACUGUAGCUCUGACACUGAAGCAUCAGACUACAUUUGAAGAACAGGUUGUUAUUGUUUUAUUUUACUUGAAUACUAGAUGCUAGCUUGGUUUCAGUGUUAAAAAAUGAUUUAUACUUUGGCUGGUUCUCUUGUAUUCUCUAGUUCACUCCAUACCACUCCCCUUAUUGUUUUGUCAGGAUCAUUUGAUUUAAUUUAUGACCUGUGAUGGUCGCGAGCACUUUGUUCAGAGAGGUUCAGCUUCUUCUAAAUGUUACAAUGUUUUUUUUUUGUGCACAAAUGUAGAGUGAGUUAAUUGACCUGCUGACUCUGCAUGCUUGAGCCAAUUAAUUAGAAAUGUUAGAUUUUACCUCACUGCCAACUGUUUCCCAAAUCAUACCUAAAGGUAACUGGUGGGUUUCCUUCCUUUCAGCCAUAGAUUGUAGUUGAUUUUGAUGAAAAUAAAUCUGCAGAGACUUUCUGAAAGUCA